AUGAGGCGCAAGUUUGGGCGAUGCAAAAACGCUGCAUUGCGCAUUGUAGAUGGGACGUCUAAGUGGCACCAUAUUACGCCUGUGUACAAUAAGCACUCGAUACUUCGCUUAGAAGGAAGGAUCAACUAUGUCACCGUUUGUCUACUUGUCUCGGACAUAUGCUCUAAAGUUCCGGGCUAUCUUGAUGUCAACAUUAAUUUCCGAGCUGCUCGUACUGAAAACUCCGAAAGGUUGUCCGGCUUUCACCUGAUAGUUCCCUGGGCUAAAACCGAGUCUUAUCGAUGCAGCUAUGCUGUAAAAGCGGCGAGAUUAAGGAACACUCUGCCAAUCAAGAUUAGGAAAAAGGUUGCCGAACCUAGUUUCAAGAUAGACCUCUUGCAAUACUUGAAGGUAAUAGUUUUACGGCUGAAUUGA